AGCGAUUUUCAAUUCAGAAUAUUGCUGGAAGAAGAUUGUCCUCUCCUUCGACUCAACAAUUUUUGUUGGAACAGAAACCACCGGUUCUCUGCCUAGUCUGCAUCCUCGAUCGACGAUCUUGUGUAGAUAGCUCCUUAACAGUUCUACAAUGGAUUCGGGUGGGAAGGAUACCCGUCUUUAUGACAUUUUGGGAGUAUCUCCCGACGCUACGGACAGUCAGUUGAAGAAAGCGUAUCACAAACUUGCGAUGAAAUAUCAUCCAGACAAGAACCCUGAAGCAGGAGACAAAUUCAAGGAAAUCAGCUUCGCGUAUGAAGUACUGACAGAUAAGGAGAAGCGUCAGAUCUAUGAUGCGUAUGGCGAGAAAGGACUUCGAGAAGGUGGCGGUGGUGGAGGAUUUGAUGAAGAUAUCUUCUCCAGAAUAUUUGGCGGUGGUGGUUUGUUUGGUGGCAUGGGAGGCAUGGGCGGAAUGGGUGGAUUCCCAUUUGGUGGCAUGGGUGGAGGUAUGGGUGGUGGCGGCGGCGGUGGCGCAAGACGGCGCAGGAAGGGCGAAGAUAUUGCCCAUCCUUUGGCCGUUUCCCUUGAGGAUCUCUACAAUGGACGUGAGACUAAACUACACUUAUCGAAGGACGUGAUCUGCGCUAAAUGCAAGGGGAAAGGUGGGAAAGAAGGAGCUGUUCAGCCUUGCAAGUCAUGUAAUGGUCGUGGUAUCAAGGUAGUGCUCAGACAAAUUGGACCCGGUAUGGUUUCACAAUCGCAAAGCAUGUGCUCAGAUUGCCGUGGAGAAGGUGAAAUCAUUCGUGAGAAAGACCGUUGCAAGACCUGCGUGGGCAAGCGUGUUGUUAACGAGAGCAAGACUUUGGAGGUUCAUGUCGACAAGGGUAUGCGUGAUGGUCAGCGAAUCACCUUCGCUGGAGAAGGAGACCAGCACCCUGACAUGGAACCUGGUGAUGUUCAUCUCGUGCUUCAGCUGAAGGAGCACUCUGUGUUCCAGCGUCAAGGUGAUGUCUUGAUCAUGGAGAAGAAGAUCACCCUGACAGAAGCUCUAUGCUCUGCACAGUUUACUAUAGAUCAUCUGGAUGGUAGACAGUUGCUGGUGAAAUCACCGCCUGGCUAUGUCAUUGAGCCUGGCUCAACUCAGGUUGUUCCCAAUGAAGGAAUGCCCCACUACCGAAGUCCCUUUGAGAAGGGUAAUCUUAUCAUUAAGUUCGAAGUUGAGUUUCCAAAGAAUGGAUUUGCAUCCGAGGACCACCUGAAAAAACUGGAGCAACUGCUUCCCGCUCGGCCAGCAGCAGUUGAGGUGAGUGAGGAUGCAGAGGAAGUGGACUUGAUGGAGUACGACCCGAGCCAGCAUACGGACGGUAGAGGUCGACGUGGCGAAGCAUAUCAGGAUGGUGACAGUGACGAUGAAGGAGCUGGUGGUGGUCCCAGAGUGCAGUGUGCACAGCAGUAAAUGCCUGUACUGUCGGUGUACUGCUGUUUGACUGCUAUGCUGAACUAGCAUCACCGGACUGUUGAGUCUCUACUGCUCUGCAGAAAGAAUAAAAAGCUUGGCUUCAUGCCCUGAGAGCAUGCAGGGACAGUUUGACUGAGGUGCUCGUUUCCAUACUGCAUGGAGGUGCGUUAGACUUAGAGGUGAAGAAAAUGUCCCUUGUGCUGUCUCUGUGUUCUUGUACCUUUGCCAUGUCACUGCGGUGUUUUGUGCAAUGCCAUGUGCCACCUUGUACAGUGUAUUGUGUGGCAAUAACAGUGCACGUGGUACUUCUGCCCUGUGCUUUACGCUGCUAGUCAUCUUUACUUUGCGUUUCGGCUUUACUCCCUAGGUUGCACAGCAGAGAAUAGUAGUACUAAGGUAGAAGCCAAACUAAACUAUGUACAGACUACUUUCUCUCUCUAUCUUUACCGUGUGUAUACAUCAAAGGUGACGCUCUUUUCGUAUCCUUACCAUUGAUGUCUCUCAAGGUGUCUCUUCCUCUGUUGCAUGCCUUCCAUCGGCUGCUCACCUCCUGUCUGGAUUUUGUUGUACUUUGGCUGGCCCUCCUUAUGCACAGUUGCAUCUCGAGACUUUAUCAGCAGUGCUGUGUUUUUCUCGUUGUGUGCUCAAGUGUGUAUGGGUAUGUGUCAGCAGAUAUCUUUAAAUUAAUGACGAUGUGUCGCGCGAUUUUUGAAUCAUUUCUAUGAGAUGUCAAGUGAACACGUGCUAUCAAGUCUCUCAA